GUUAUCUUCAUUAAAAAAAACAGUGCUUUGAAAAAUAACUUCAUUUCUCCGUGACCCCAAACUUUUGACCGGUAGUGAAUAAUCAUGACAUAAAAAAGCCGACGUUGCGCUUUUAAAGCCGUUUCUUAUGGUGUCGGCGGCCCGGUCAGCUGCUGCGUAAGAAAAUGUGUCAACGAGAACAACAACAAUGCACAUGUUGCAUUCAGGGCCGCGCGUUCGUGUGGAGGUGACGGAGGCCUCAUUGCUCCAGAGGGCUUCUCGUUACGCCGCCUCACCUCUCCGGUGGAGCGGAGCUCCGAGUCAUUCAUUCACUCCGAGUCCGUGGUCAUGGCACUUUGUCCCCGUCUGCCUCGCGGACCAGACUUCCACCGAGUCCACAUCCUCACGGGGGCCGGCUCCCCGGGGACAUUGUUUUCUUCCCCAUUCACAGAAGUCCAUAUGCCCUAUUUUUCACGGCCAUUGAUGAAACCGUGGGACAAAGUGGAACACGAGCGAUGUGUGGGAGGACGUGUUGGUCCGCCUCGUAGACGUGCAGCCGGUCGACCUGAGGCCUCACAGGUGCGUUAAUUAUCCACCUGUUCCAGCUCCGUGGAAGUUCUAAUAACUUUGUUUUCACCCACUGGUCCACAUCGUCUCAGUGUUGCGCAAUAAACUGUGUUGUGGACGGUCUGCUUCCCUGGGAAGGAGGCGGAGCUUAACUUCUGUUGGCCUCUUUUUCUCAAUGCAACCCACAUGCAGUGAACACACACACACACAUAGACGCCGCCGCCGUGUUUUAACCCCUGAGGCAUCGUGCAUAAAUAACACCUCUGAGCUUUUUCCUCAGUUUAAUUUGUCUUUUUCUUAAUAUUUCUUUCGGGAAUGGCACAACGUUGUAUGGCAUAGCAACAAAAGAUGAGCACUGGAGGGCUGGAACCCUCGAAUGCACCAGAGAUAGAAAGGUGUCCCGCACGCGCCUGACUCGAUAGUCGAGUGUUCUGGUGCCUCCUGAUUCAUGUUUUAUGGCGUUUUCCAGCUUUGAUGACGUAAUAAUAGAAAUAAAACAUCUCUUGAAGGCGGUUCACCAAACAAAGAGAUGGAAACAACUUGUUUUCUGCCUCGCUACCACACAGAGCGGCUCCACGACCAGUCUUUGUCCUCGGGUAAGUCGCACCCACACUGCCCCCUUGCGGUCAACUCGGAGACUGCAGCUCCUCGAGCCUCCUUCCUUCAGCCCGGUGACACGAAGCUGCAGCUUCAGUUCCUGAAGACGUUCAUAAACCCGUGAAUGUGGGUGACCUUGAAUGCAACAGUGAUGGAUACACAACUGCAUCCUCACCUUGAAGUGCAAAUAUGUUGUUUUUAAAACGUGAGAAUAAACAAUAACAACAAUAACUCAAUAAAACCCACACUUAAAAGUGUAUAUUCUAUUCUUAAAACAACUGUCUGUUUAGAAACGUGUCUGCUCACAUCUGCUGCAGAGGUUUUGUAUUUUUUGAGGAAAGGAGGGUUCAAACUAACUAUAUAUUCAACACUGUGCCAACCCCGGUUUAAAUGCCGGCAGGAUGCGUAAAUGAUCCCCUUGGUCGAGCUCCGUGGAAGUUUUUAUAACUUUCACCUACUUGCUCUGUUCCAUCGACUCAGUGUUACACAAUAAACUUGUUUUGUUUUGGGAAGCCGGUCCCUGUUAUCUCAGCGUUCGCCGUCUUGUCUUAAGAAAUCCCAAACUGACGCACCAGCGACCGAUUGGUCCGCUCCUCUCCCCUCAGCGCUCACUGCUCAGCGAGCUGUGACGCGCAGGAGGAGGAGGAGGGGCGCGCGGUGCAUAAAUACACGGCUGCAGUCCGGGAUUGCAGACAGAAACACCAGCAGAGACAACCCAGAGCAUCUCCACUCACCGACAGUCUGCCCAGCCGCACUUUUUACGCACAGCGCCUUUUUACGCACAGCGCCCUCGGGUACAACGAGUGUCCUAUAGCUCCAGAUCAUCAUCAUGAUUAAGAAAACGUCUUCCUCCGAGAACGAUUUUGACAUCCCGGCCAAGAACUGCUACAGGAUGGUGAUUAUGGGAUCCACCAAAGUUGGGAAGACGGCCAUCGUGUCCCGGUUCCUGAACGGGAGGUUCGACGAGCAGUACACGCCGACCAUCGAGGACUUUCACCGGAAACUGUACAGCAUCAAGGGAGACAACUACCAGCUGGACAUACUGGAUACCUCGGGGAACCACCCUUUCCCCGCCAUGAGGAGACUCUCCAUACUGACAGGUGACGUGUUCAUCCUGGUCUUCAGCCUGGACAACCGGGACUCCUUCCAGGAGGUGCAGCAGCUCAAGCGGCAGAUCUUCGAGACCAAGUCGUGCCUGAAGAACAAGAGCAAAGAAAACAUCGACGUGCCGCUGGUCAUUUGCGGCAACAAGGGCGACCGGGAGUUCUACCGGGAGGUGCAGCAGGAGGAGAUCGACCUGCUGGUGGCCGGCGACGAGCAGUGCGCGUACUUCGAGAUCUCCGCCAAGCGCAACGAGAACGUGGACACGAUGUUCCGCACCCUGUUCACGUUGGCCAAGCUGCCGCACGAGAUGAGCCCCGACCUGCACCGCAAGGUGUCCGUGCAGUACUGCGACAUGCUGCACCGGAAGUCCCUGAAGAACAAGAAGGUGAAGGACACCGGGGAAGCGUUCGGCAUGGUCACCCCGUGCGCGCGGAGACCCAGCGUGCACAGCGACCUCAUGUACAUCAAGGAGAAGGCCAUCGGAGGCGGCCAGGGCAAGGACAAGGAGAGGUGUGCGAUCAGUUAAGCGGCGAGGCACACACACACUCUCGACACACACACACACACCUUUUGAAAGUAGAGGUCGCCUCUCCCCGGUGAGAGGCGACCUGCGCGGCCGGGAUGCGCGCGAACUGACACGGGAGAGGUGAGGAGACGCCGGGGCCGCCGCCGCGCGCUCUGGCGCAGCGCCGUCUCCAAGGACACUUGACUGGACACGCUAGUCCUCUUGAACACCCCCCAUCACCCCCUGAAGAAAAAAAGACAUUUGACAAUGUUUGCUUGUCCUGCGAGUCAGAGCGCGUGCGCGUGGCUCCUUCAUGCCUUGUGAGACGCGCACGUCGAUGCAUAACAAUGUGUUCCGCCGCUGACGUCACGCCUUCUUUGCAGAUGCCAGUGGGGAGAGAAAAGAGACUCUUUGAAUGUUGUUUACAUCGUAUCAUAUCUUUUUAUAGUGGCUAAUACACUUGAAUGUGUUUUAUUGAUAAUGUGUAUUUAAUGUUAUGGUGGUUUUUUGACAUAAUAAAAAAAAACUAAGACAUGA